GUCUAUCAACUUUGCUCUGUUUAAAAGAAACAUGUCGGAUAAUAAUUGGAGCAAUUGGUACACGUAUUAUUUAAAUUGUCAAUUUGAAUGUGCUCAAAUAAUUGCGCAACAAUGUGCCAAUGCACACAAACAAAAAUUAGCUCAUGUAGCGGAGUACGUUUUUUUGAAAAAAAAGAGAAGUUACUCAAGAAAACGCUUUUGGGUGUCUCCAAUAUGCUCACAACGAGAGAAGCAUGGUUUUUUUAAGGCAAUACUGCCAUCACUUCAAUUGGAACAUCUAGGAUUUUAUAAUUAUUUCAGGAUGUUUUCAACAAAAAUGGAAGAAUUGUUAACUUUAGUUGGAGAGGAUUUAAAAAAGCAAAACUGCAUCAGAAAACCCAUACCACCUGCACAGAGAUUAGCUUUAACUUUGAGAUUUCUGGCCUCUGGAGAUUCAAUGACAUCAAUGCAUUAUCAGUACUUGGUUGGCGUAACAACAGCAAGCAACAUCAUUAAUACAACAUGUGCUGUUUUGUGGAAGAAACUGCAACCGUUGUGCAUGCCAGCUGAAUUAAAAAAAGAACAGUGGUUCGCUAUAGAAAAAGAUUUUAAAGAAAAGUGGAAUUUUCCACAUUGCAUAGGAGCCAUCGAUGGAAAGCAUGUAUGGUUAUACAAUGCCCAAAUAAGGCUGGCUCAAUGUAUUUUAACUACAAAAAUAGUCACAGCCUUGUUUUAUUGGCAAUGUGUAAUGCCAAUUAUAUAUUUACUUUUGUUGACAUUGGAGCGUACGGAAGGAGAAGUGAUGGUGGAAUUUUUAAAGAUUCGUUGCUGGGACAAAAAUUAGAAGGGAACAAAAUGAAUAUUCCAGAUUUAACGCCCAUAAGUGAUGUAAGAGCAACGCCUCUACCUUAUUGCAUAGUUGGCGAUGAAGCUUUCCCUUUGAAAACAUAUCUUCUUCGUCCUUAUCCUGGAAAGCAAUCAACUGAAUUGCCAAAACGUAUUUUUAAUUAUCGCCUUAGUCGUGCCAGACUAGUAAUUGAAAAUACUUUUGGCAUAUUAGUUGCUAAAUGGCGUAUUUUUCGGAAACCAAUAAUAGCUAGCAAUUCUAACGUUGUAAAAAUGGUUAAAGCUACUGUAGUUCUUCACAACUGGUUGCGACAACAUGAUUUAGACAAUUCCCCAGAACGUUUCGUAUGUUUCUGAAGAGCUGUUCAAUCAAGAACAUUGUUAUGAUUCAAUUAUCAAUAGUACUCGAAGAAAUGAAGAACACGGAAGAUUAAUAGAUAUUAACCGAAUGGGAUCAAAUAAUGCCACUCAUACAGCCAUUUAAAUCAGAGAGGAGUUUACUUCUUAUUUUAACAAUGAAGGAGCUGUGAAUUGGCAAUACGAUCAUUUGUAAAAUAAAAUAAAAAUUAUACUUUCUAUUUACUUAUUAAGGUAGUUCACUUGUGACAAUCGGAGCUAAAAGUAUAGUCCGAUAGUGAGUACAAAAAGUGAUAUAUUUAGUUUGAUAUAUUUAAUGGCCGAGUAUUUUAUUUUUGUCAGUGACUUCUUGAAACAUAAAAACGUUUAUAUACAGACACUCACUAAUACAAUCAUACUUUUAAAUUCUAACUAACUGCAUUUAUUGUUUUAAAAAAAUAUCAACUUUGAAUAUUUAUAUUUUUUUAACAAAUCGAUAAA